AUGCUGCAUAGAUCUUUGGAUUUAUAUCCUCUCCUCAUCGUAGACAAUAAACCAGCUACUGUGUGGCUCAUCGGAGAAGUCGACUCAUCUUGGUUCAAACUUCGUGGUGAACCCUUGGCCGUUGUGAGCAUCAAGAUCGGUUCAAACACUUCAGAUGUUUUGAAAGCGUCACGCUUCCAGAGCACCGGGAGUGGAGAGUAUGCUUCUGUGGAAGCCUUCCAAGACAUAUUUGAUGCCGACACCAAGUUCGGCCCCAGGAACACUAUGAGACAGAUGCAUGUCACGGACAUCCACAAAAAUGAUCUCGUCCUGGUCGAAUGUAACGUCACUGCCUUCAUGAUGGCCAUGGUCUGCAACACAGUAAUCACUGUCAAAGGUUUUGUUGUACAGGACUGGGUGAAGCUAGAAGAGAUGGCAUGUCAAUACCUGUGUUUUAACAAGCUUAUGUGUGAUCACUUGCCUGGUGACACAUGCAGUUAUGCCUUAUAG